UGUGCGCAGCGGAGAGUUGAGGCGGCGAGUGGCCGUUCCUUCCCGCGGUGGUUGCUCCGUGGCUGAGGACGCGAGACCGGCCAGUGGAGAGGAGAGAGGACCCGCGAGGGCUGCGCCCCUCGGGCACGUCCCUCCCGCCGCCUCCGGACCCCGGGGUGCCAAGGGGCCAGUGGCGCGCCGCUCCCGCCCAGAAACUUGACAGAGCCGGGCCCGGUGGCCCCGACUCCCACCUGGAGCCCGAGAGCAACUGGGCCCCCCUCGGGAAGGACGAGCGCCCCAAGGGAGGCAGGUCUGGCCGGCGGCAUGGCUAGGUUCCCGAGGGCCGACUUGGCGGCUGCUGGAGUUGUGUUCCUCUGCCACUUUCUGGUGGACCGGUUUCUCCUGGCAGGAGCGGAGCGCCGCGACCGCAUCAAUGAUUGGCAAUAUCAAGCCUUCCCUCAAAGAGAGGAAGAGGUGGAAGUGUACUCCCACGCUGGCAGCCACAGGUGGAAAAGGAGCGUGGACUCCCUCAAGGCUGUUGACACGAACCGAGCAAGCCUGGGCCAAGACAACACCGAGCCGAGAGGCUUCCCAGACCUACUGCCGGAUGAUGGGCAGGACAACACCACGCAGAUUGAGGAGGACACAGAUCACAAUUACUACAUAUCUCGGAUAUACGGUCCAUCUGAUUCUGCCAGCCGGGAACUGUGGGUGAACAUAGACCAAAUGGAAAAAGACAAAGUGAAGAUUCAUGGAAUAUUGUCUAAUACUCAUCGGCAAGCUGCGAGAGUAAAUCUGUCCUUCGAUUUUCCGUUCUAUGGCCACUCCCUGCGUGAAAUCACUGUGGCAACUGGGGGUUUCAUAUACACUGGAGAAGUGGUACAUCGAAUGCUGACAGCCACGCAGUACAUUGCUCCCUUAAUGGCAAAUUUUGAUCCCAGUGUGUCCAGAAAUUCAACAGUCAGAUAUUUUGAUAAUGGCACUGCACUUGUCGUCCAGUGGGACCAUGUACAUCUCCAGGAUAAUUAUAAUCUGGGAAGCUUCACGUUCCAGGCAACCCUCCUCACUGACGGGCGCAUCAUCUUUGGAUACAAAGAAAUUCCCGUCUUGGUCACACAGAUAAACUCCACCAAUCAUCCAGUGAAAGUCGGGCUGUCUGAUGCCUUUGUUGUUGUCCACCGGAUCCAGCAGAUUCCCAAUGUCCGAAGAAGAACAAUUUAUGAGUAUCAUCGAGUAGAACUACAAAUGUCAAAAAUUACCAACAUUUCAGCUGUGGAGAUGACUCCGUUACCUACAUGCCUGCAGUUUAUGGAGUGUGGCUCCUGUGUUUCCUCUCAGAUUGGCUUCAACUGCAGUUGGUGUGGUAAACUUCAAAGAUGUUCCAGUGGAUUUGAUCGCCAUCGGCAGGACUGGGUGGACAGUGGAUGCCCCGACGAGUCAAAAGAGAAGAUGUGUGAGGACACAGAGCCGGUGGAAACUUCUUCUCAAUCUAAGGCGUUCAGUGCAGCGACCACGCAGUUCAGGGUCUUAACCACCACCAGAAGAGCCUCCACAUCACAGAUGCCGACCAGCCUGCCCACAGAAGAUGAUACCAAGAUUGCACUACAUCUAAAAGAUAAUGGAGGUAGGACUUGA